CGUUGCCAAGUUUACCUCUAGAGUAAGAAAGGGAGGACUUUCACCUGUGAUCGUAGUUCUUGGGGACUUCUUUAGUCUGUAUGACUAUUUCCGCUGGUUUGAUGACUAUCAUCUGCGCCUCUUUGAUCAGAUCAGGCUCGAGACUCGGCAUCAGCACAACCCUAGAGGUACCUCGACGCCUUUUCACCCCGCACAUCCACUUGCUAUUUUUCUGCUUCAGCUAUAUCAAGAUGAACUAUAGCCUUACCCUCAUAUAUUCUGCUGCUCUUAGCCACCGUCCUUCCAAAAUUUGACAGUGUCCCUACUUCCUUUCAAUCCUUACUCCCUCAUCCACAAGUCCAUAACAACAAUAACAAAAUGUCACGAACAUCAAGAACCCUCACAAACACAGACCUGGCCUUCCUCCUCUGCACCACAGCAGGCACAGCUUCCCAGACCAAGGGAAAAGUCAGCCGAAACUUCAGCCUCUCAUUCGAAACCGAUUACGGCCUCGUGCUUUCCCUCAAGCCCGAUGAUUCCAUCACCAUCGCUCUCCGCAAACCACCACCAGCACCUCAAAAUCAGUACAUCGACCCCUUUGACAGUGCCACACCCAUCCAGUCACAACGGCUAUAUGCACUCUCGCCAGUCUCCCCCGUUUCCGUUCCCACUCACUCACAUGGGAGUAUCGAUGGAGUGCUGUUCAGUCCAUUGGGCUUGGUGGGGACAGGCGGGGCGACCAUAACACCCGCUAGACAAAGCCAAAACCACAACCAAACCUCAAGUAUGCGAAACAUAGCAACAAGCAAAUCCAACUCACCUUCACCAAAGAUCAAAUACUACAUCCGUCCCGGCCUAGACGCCAAGUGUUCCUCGCACAUGUAUUACACCGCUUCCGCUUCCGUUUCCGCUUUUACCCAACCUCAAGCUCAAGCUCAACAUCAACCUCAACCUCAACAUCAACAUCAACCAAGCGACGGCAGCAGCAGCAGAAAGUUCAAACUCCGCCUCCACCGCGUCAAAGAAUCCCACCUCCAAUCCCUCUACCACCACCCCUCCCCCUCCCCCUCCAGCUCACAUACCAACUCCUCCAACUCGUGGUUCGACUCCUACCUAGAUUGGAUAGACAGGUUGGAAGAUGCAUGUGCGCUUGCCCAACAGCGACAGCGACAACAACAUGAACCGCAAACCCCAACGACUCCAUGCACUGCCGUACCUCUAUCACCAACAGGCAGAAGAGAUCAGGCAAAGGAAGGGUCAGGGCCCUUCACAGACGAAGGAGAAAAGUCCCUCUGGUUGGUUGAGGGGUUGCUCCUCGCCAGCUGGCUGUCGUUGCAGGAAGGGGUGGAAGGGGUGGAGUAUGUGCCGUUACCUUCGAGUGAGGUGUACCGGUUGGAGCAUGUGCAGGGGAAUAAUGCUGGGGUCAUGAUGGGGAGGUUAUUGGAGAGGAUUGGGGCCGGAGAGUAGACGGGCCUUCGAGGAGCUUGGUUGGAUGCAAACAUCAAGAGCGUGAUGGCGACCUCGAACAAAGACAUCAUCGAUGAGAACUACGCUGGAGACAAACCGUAGCGACUGGUGCCGGUUGCGAGGAUAUUGUAAGAACAUAACAUAUAAAUUUUGGUUCUAGGGGAAUCGUGCAUCGUUCAUCAUCAACAACACCCUGACCUUCUGACUUCGGAGCUCACCAAACCAUCAAAGCCAAAAAAAAAAAAAAAAAAAA